AUGCGUUUUGGUAUCUUGCGUCCGCACUAAAACGAUCGAAAACACAUACAUUUGAAAACGCUCUCCAGAAAGGAAACAUUUGAAAACAAAGGUCUAUCAUAUAAGUGCGGGCAGCGAAAACAGAGAUUCAAAAAAAAAAACGCUGGCGUUAUUCACAACGGCACGUCUGUUUUCGCAUGCGCAAAUUAUGAUAUCCGCUUGAUUUUAGUGUGGACAGGCGAAAUCCAGGCCUGCGUGAAAACCAUAGUUUAAAUUUAAGGAACUUGACGGGCCAUGAUACCAGAACACAAGCAUUAUAACGCAUUGUUAUGAAUCUUUCUCGAUAAGAAUUCAUAAAAUCGAUUAUUCUCAUCUUUAAAUAUAAAACUGUCUUCUCAAUUUUACUGAAUUUACGUUUUUCAGUUUUGUGGCYCGUCAAGUUGGAUGCGCACGCAACCUUGAGAAAACGGUGUUGAAUUUAGCUGCUUUUGCUCACAUUUCCCAAAGUGUUACCGAUUCCUGUCUAUCAAAAUGCUUUGAACAUUAUCCAAACCGUUACCCAUUCGUUUCUUCCAAUCUAGCAAUUUCAUCGGCGGUGUUGCGAACAAGUAUCGAGGGCUCAAGAACAGCGCACGCGCGCGCUACAAAAUUAAGUACUCGAUGUCACAAUUGACGUCCACAAUUAGCUUCGUGACUUCUGAAUAAAAUGUAUAGACCCCCAAAAUAAAAUAUUUUCGUAGAAUAUUUCCAUCAUUAGCUUGAUUUUCGAGGGAGAGAAUGGCGGAACUGGAGAAAAAGGGAUCGACAGAUUUCUGUAAGUUUGUUUCUCAAAACAAAAACUACUAUAAUAUGCUCAUUUUUUUCUUGAAGUCUUCAAUGAUUUUUAAUGUUUUACUGUUAUCAUUAUUCUUAUUUUGACAAUUUUAGAUCUCAGUAAGAAGCGCUUGAUAAGUCGAGUGAAAACUUACAAGAAUGCAAUCAAACAGAGUGCGAUUGAACUCAAUCUGAAAAAGGAUGAGAUAAAAGCCCAAAAAGAACUUGCUGAAACAUAUGGCCAAGAAAAUAAGAAACUUAAAAGUGAACUUUCAAGUAGGAAAGAAUUGGAAGACAAGAUCAAACAGGAAAUCAUGUUAAUGGAGAAAGAACAUCAAUUACACUUGAAGAAAACAGAGGAAAUUAUGAGUGAAAAAGAGGACCUUAAGAGCGGCAACGAAAAUCUAAAGAAAAAAGUGGAUUACACGCAAGUCAUGAUAGACGCAAUCAAAAACGAAAACAAAGCGUUAAAGGAUUCAGUUAAAGUUCUAUGCAAUGUAGCUUUGGAUGUCGAAGAACAUCUCAAAGGGAAGAGCGAUAGCUUAAAGGAAAUAUUGGAAGUAACAGUCCAAGAAGUUGAGUCACUGAAGAAAGAAAAUGAAGAGCUGAAGGAGAUCGCAGAAUGCUAUUCACGACAAGAAGUGCUGAUUAAGGAACUAACAGAAGAGUUAGAGGCACUCAAGAACGUUGAAAAGGUGUCUGUUGAAGUCCAAACUUUACCAAAAGGAAGAGGUAUAUUCAGACGAAUGUCUAUAAGGGGAAGUAGAUAA